CAAAAUCCCAGCAUCCCACACCUCCCUGGGCGACUGCUAUGUCUCGACGUCCGUGUCUCCCCAUUCCCUCGCCCCGGUUGGUAAUGUUCACUCAAUGCAAACCUGGUCUAAAUCCGGUAUUUUUAAACCAAAAACUAUUUUUAAUUUAAACACCGUUGUUCGCACACCUGAUCCCACAUGUUUUUCUAUGGCAAAUAAACAUCUUAAGUGGCGAGUUGCUAUGGCAGAGGAAUUUAAUGCUCUUAUCUCUAAUCAUACAUGGGAUUUAGUACCAUUUGAUGCUAAAAAGAAUGUGGUUGGGUGCAAGUGGAUUUAUAAGACAAAGUAUUUGGCUGAUAGGUCUGUGGAACGCUACAAAGCAAGGUAUCUCCAGGGAACAUCCACUCAUGGUCUCCUCUUACAGUCUUCACACGGUUCUACUGAGAUCAUUGCUUAUUCUAAUGCUGAUUGGGCUGGCUGUCCUGACUCAGGCAGAUCUACUUCCGGUUAUGCGAUUUUUCUAGGGCCCAAUCUUAUUUCCUGGCGGUCAAAGAAGCAGCCAACUGUCUCUCUCUCUUCCACAGAAGCUGAAUAUAGAACCAUAGCUUACAUAGUGCAGGAUACUCUUCACAUACGAUCAGUGCUGUUCGAAUUGGGAUUUCCUAUUCGCGUUCCGACUACUCUCUACUGUGAUAAUGUAUCUGCUUCUUAUCUGUCUGUUAAUCCCAUUCAGCAUGCCAGGAGUAAGCACAUUAAUAUAGACUACCACUUUGUUCGCGAACGAGUUGCUCAUGGUGAUCUUCGGGUUAAGUUUGUUCCCACACAGGCUCAGCUGGCAGAUAUUUUUACUAAGUGUUUGUCGCCACAACGUUUUACUCUUCUUCGUGACAAUCUGCGCAUUGUUUCCCCUGCACAGCUUGAGGGGGUGUGAUAGAGUAGAUUUAUCAUUAUUAAUUAUUGUGGGACUCAUAUUGUAAUAUUGAACUCUUUCUAUUAUAA